CUUUCCAACUUAGCUCUGCACGUGGAUUAGUUAGAAGGCAUGCAGUACUCCGAAGACGGGUUGCCGCCGCACUACGGGCCGGGAGAUGGACCCGGCGGUGGAAUGUACGAUCCACACCGGCAAAGCCUCAUGAAUCACCAUGGAGUAUAUCACUCCAAUCAUGUCUCUCUCGCCAACCAUGUUAUGGGGUCGGUACCCGAUGUUGUGAAGCGAGAUAAAGACGCUAUUUUUAGUCACCCGCUCUUUCCCCUGCUCGCACUGAUCUUCGAGAAGUGCGAAUUGGCAACGAGCACCCCCCGAGAACCUGGAAUAGCCGGGGGUGAUGUCUGUUCCUCAGAGUCUUUCAACGAAGAUAUCGCCGUCUUCGCCAAACAGAUCAUGGCUGAAAAUAUCCACUACUCCUCCAACGAAGAAUUAGACAGUCUUAUGGUACAAGCGAUACAAGUUUUGAGGUUUCACCUGCUGGAGUUAGAAAAG